ACGUGUGUGAUCGUCCGAUUUGUCUACCGACUUCCGUAAGAUUUGUCCAGGGGUUGGAACAAACACCUUCAAUUUUCUUCGAACUUCUUCAAUUUUGAUCGUGUAAAACAUAAUAUUCUCUCAGAAUGAUGUUCAGAGAAUCAUUGUGCAUAAAAAUAUGCACGCUAGCGAUAUUGGUGUCAGCUAUAGCUGCACAAGAUACAGUAACACGAAUUAGCCCAAAGCCUUCAGUAACUCGACUAUUCUUGAAACCAAAUGAUAAACUUUAUUUAGAAUAUCACACCUCUUCAGAGAGUGAGCUUAGAUUCAAUGCUGGCAAAACAUUUGGAGACGGAUCCCCAGGGUUUAGGUCAUAUUUUGAAGGAGGAAUCUACAAAGUCAAAUUAUCAAAAUCGGUAUCAAUAGCCGAUUCUGGCCAGUAUAUCUGUGAAUUGAAAAACAAAGCUGCCCGAGAUACCAUGAAUAUCCUUGUUGUUAACAUUACUGGUAAAAAUGAUGUCUUGAAGAACGAACUUGAUACAGUAACGGUUGGUUGCUCUGUUGGCACGUUGAAUGGUUACUCUCUGAUGUGGUACAGGAAAGGCAAAGAGUUGGUUAAUGGUGCCAAUGGCAGUGGCAAAGAAGAAACUGUAUACAACAUCAGUAGAGUUGAUGAUACCAUUACUAUCAAUGAAGCUACUCGUGACAACAUUGGGCAGUUUGAUUGUGUUGUAUUCCCUGAUAAAGAGGAACUUCCAAAUGUCAACGUCACUGGGUCUGCUUUUGUUGAAUCCACGCCAUAUAUUAACCACUUUGACCGUUCCAAGAACCUCGUCCAGGGUGACACUGUCAAGAUUGAAUGCAAGGCAUUCGCUUACCCCAUCCCAACAAUCACAUGGUUCAGAGUCAUGGACGAUGAGACAGAGAAGCCACUUAGCGGAGCUGAGAAUAGGACCAUCAUUUCAGCUGCAAAUGGCAUCCCUAACGCUAAGCUGGAAAUCUCAGAACUUGUGAUGGAAGAUGCUGGAACUUAUGGCUGCAGGGCAACAAAUGAAUUCAAUUCCACCAGUGCCACAAUUUUGGUGCGAGUCAAAGACAAAUAUGCUGCUCUAUGGCCUUUCCUUGGAAUCGUCGUCGAAGUUGUCAUUCUGUGUGUCAUCAUCUUUAUCUAUGAGAAGAAACGUGGCAAGCGUCAUGAAGAGGAUGACUCCCCCGAUGUUCAAAAAACCAACUCCCAUGACCACAAAGAUGAUGAUCUGAGAAAGAGGAACAAGAAUAUUAAAGCCUAGGAUUAAAUGAACUACAGUGGGGAACUGAAUUAAGAAAAUAUGUGGGGUCUUUACAGUGUCACUAAGAGUGUACAAAAUGCAUAAAUCAGGAAAAAUCUAGUUAAUAGAAAAAUAAUAGUUCAAAAGUGUAGAAAGUUUAUCUGUUGAACUCCACACUCCAGAAAAUGGUUGUGAAAUAAAUCGUGACAUAUUUUUCCUGGACUUUAUGACAUCCCUAUGAAAGUAGCUACCGGUAUAUAAAUUAAUAUAUAUAAGUUGAUCUUUUCUGAUCCAAGUUUUGCCCCAACCCACCUGACUUUAAUAGUUGUACAUGUGUACUUUGGGGUAUUUGUCCUGUCUGUUAUACCGUAGUUAUGCAAUAUCAGAGGAGGUAGCACCAGUGUCUAUUUUACAAGGAAACUCCUCCUUUUAAAUUGAAAAUGGGGAGUUUACAAGUCCAAGUAGCACAUUUUAUUUGAAGAUUUGUUGAAGGACAGGUUAAGCUCCUUGCGAAAUAGGCCAGUGGUGUUGUGUAAUUCCAGUGAGAAGUUCUGGGAUGACAGUGACAGUUGUAACAGCAAUCAAGAUUGUUGAUAUUUUGUACCCAUAAGUAGUUUAGAAUCUUUCAAAUUGUGAAUAUCUAUGUUUUAAGUAGAGUAGAUUGUUAUCAAGUCAAGUUGUAAAGUUGGUGUGAAAAGAACUUUCAUUGAUGAAUGUAUAAAUUCUUUCUGCCUCUGUUUAGAUAAUGCUGACAUUCUUUUUUGCUGAACUGUGCAUGAUCCUUAGGUUAAUUUUGAAUUUUCACACUGUCUAACAAUAUAACCUUGCCUGUCAGAAAAAUGGCACCGCAAACCAAAACUGUAGUUCCUUAAAAUUCUCACCAAAAUACAGAUAUUAGAGAAAUAUGAAAGAUUUCUGAACAUUGUGCGAACUACAGUAACGAGAGUCUGCCUGCAGUCCAAUGCUUAUUGUGCAGAAUUCAUAAUUAACCCUUUUACGGAUGUUUAUCUAGAUGUGGAACGAAAUGGUGUGAUAGUUGUACAUAGUGUAUUAUACAAGUCUAUGUUGGACAAACUCGAAGGAGUCUCGAGCUCUAAACUGUUUUAAUUAAGGUUAUUGGUCUGAAAUCUUUCAUUGGUUUGAAAUUAUACUUAACGGAAGAGAUCCUGUCCACUUAUUUGGCCUGUUGCACUAUAUGUAAAAAGAUUAGCAACAAUUUUCUUGUCCUACUGUUGGUGCACUUGACAAAAUAUUUGAUAUUCAGGCAGGUUGACCUGCCAAGGGUAAAGGUGAACUUUGAGAGUAUGAUAUCUUUUGAAAAAGAAUGAAAUCUGUCAUAGUCAGUUUUGUAAUAAACUAACUUGUACUCCACAUCGUUAUGAAAAUGUACAUUUUCUCUUGGGACUGGUUUGGAAAUUAAGCAGCCAAGACUUUUUCAUAAAGACUCGUAUUUUGAAAAUGCAGGGCAAGAACUGCUUUUUUUGUAUUCCUCCAUGAUGAUGAUAAAAGUCCUAUAAACUGGACUUUGUACACUUACUUUGAAAACGAGAGGAAUGGACGUAAAUGUACAUGAAGUGCAUUACCAUUUGACAACUAAUGCUUCGCGUCAUUUUAAAGUCCAGCAAGUAUUGGUUAUUUCUGCACCUCUUAUACACUUCUUUUAUUGAUCAAUAGCAUAAUUUAUGAUUAUAUUUUGUUUUGUACGUCUUUGAGUGUGGUGGUGUGAGUUUGAGACACUUUAAAAUCAUCUUUUGGCUGAAAGUGUAAUGUUAUUUCUAGAUAGAGAGCAAAAGUAAAGCUGCUUUGCCAAGCCAUCACGUCUUAAGUCCUGGCCUUGUGUGAGUGUGUGACAGCAAGACUCUGAGACAAUUAUUGUUCUAGGCAAAUGGUCAUGCUCCAAUUGUUUGGCAAGUUAUAACUUCAUAUAUCAGAAUUAUUCACCUGUGACCAUGGGGGUUUAUUUUCUAGUUAUAAAUGCCUUUAUUCUUGCAUCACCAAUCGGCAUGUAAAGUGACUGUGAUGCCAUUCAGUUGUUCAUUCAUUGAUAUCUCAAUUUCACUGUCAUUUAGUCAGAUUAGUCAAAUAAGUUUAUUGAAGUCUGUCUUGAGUAUUCAGUAAAUGCUUGACUGUCUUAUAUUGGCACAAUCAAAUUAAGGUUCUUGCUAGGGCAUUAGAUAAACUAAUUAAUCAUUACAAACAUAAUAUUUCACUUAAAAAUGAUCUGUGUGUAAUUUUUCAAAUGUAUAUCUUGGUGUACCAUGUAGGUUAGGCAGGUUAGAAAGAGCAUUUUAGUGAUAUAUUCUGUUGUCUUUAGCAUGUCCAUGAUAACUUCAGUAAAAUCACCAAGGUCUAAGUUAUUCAUGUAGAAUGUCUAUGCCUGUACAUGAUACACAGUAAUACCUUCAGACUAUUGCCAAUUUGUUACAUAGAAUUGUGUACACAAACAUAAUGACUCACUUGACUGUUUUAUUUCUGGGUCACGAUAAGUUCAUGGGCACAGAUUGUACCUUUGAGUUCCUGACCUAGUCUUAAAAGCAUUGUUUGGGAAACAAAAACCUGUGUCACAUACACAAUUGGAAAAAUGAUAAUGAAAGUCUGUAUUAUUCAUUCUCUUUGGGUUAUUUCUCAAUGAUAAGGGAGUUGAUGAAGAUCUUUUGUUGUAUUUACAGCCAAAUGAUAUGCAAAAGAAGUCAUCAUCUAAUAUUGGACAUUUUAAAUUCAUAAUCAAGUCAUUCCCUAUACUUGUUACUAAACAAUGUCGAACCGUAUAAGUAAUUGGUCACCGUUUAGGUAAUACCAGUAAUUUAUUGGCACUGAUAUGUCAGGUGCCGAUUAGGCAUACCCCCAACUUGUUCCAGUGGCUGAAUUUGUUUCACAUGUUUUACAUGUUGUAUUGCAUUUUGUUUCUCUUUGUGAUAAGUUCAUACUUGCACGAACUUGUAGAAUUCUGGAUUCAUAAUAUUUGAUGAUAAAAUUGUUGAUACCCUUUCUAAUCAAACAUUUCCCUCAUUAACAACAGUUUGGAGAUUUGCUUGUAAUGUAACGAAUACCUAUAUAUUAAUUGGGAUUGUUGUAAUUUUUGUUGUUUCAUGCCAAUAGAAUGUUGUCAAUAUCAUAAUGUAUAAUAAAUUCAUGUAGAUGUAA